AUUAAGUAGCCAGUGCAAAGAGUGGGUUGCUGAUAUGCCAAGGGUUAGGGAUCCUCUUGUUGUUGGGGGUGUGAUAGGAGACAUAUUGGACCCCUUCACUAAAUCUAUCUCUCUCAGUAUUACUUACAGUAACAAAGAUGUUAACAAUGGAUAUGAACUAAAACCAUCUCAAGUUGUCAACCAACCAAGGGUUGAUAUUGGUGGGGAUGAUUUGAGGACCUUCUAUACUUUGGUUAUGGUGGACCCUGAUGCACCUAGCCCAAGUGAUCCAAACCUGAGAGAAUACUUGCACUGGUUGGUGAUCGAUAUUCCAGGAACCACAGGGGCAACUUUUGGGCAAGAGAUUGUGUGCUAUGAAAGUCCGAAUCCAUUGCUAGGAAUUCAUCGUUUUGCAUUUAUAUUAUUUCGGCAACUGGGGAGGCAAACUGUGUAUGCACCUGGCUGGCGUCAAAACUUCAACACUAGAGACUUUGCUGAGCUCUACAAUCUUUUACCAGUUGCUGCUCUCUAUUUCAAUUGCCAGAGGGAGAAUCGUUGUGGUGGAAGGAGGUCUUAACAUUUAUCUUGAUAAAAACAUUGUCGUAUUAUUUUAUGAAUAUCUAUCAGUAGCAGUAAUAAUAAUAAUAAUAUAUUUUGUACAAGAAAAAGAAUAUAUGGGUCAUGUGAUGUCUAAUGGUUUAAUAGAUUUUCUUAAUGAAUAACUAGAAAGGUCUGAAAUUUAAGUCAAUUUAUCACUAUAUAUCAUUAUUGGUAGAAGUUUAUAUUUUUAUUAUAAGUGUAAAAGGAUAAUAAUAUUUUAUUGUAUAUCUAAUGAACAUCGGGCCUAUAUGAAUAAAGAAAACAUUCUCUUUGA